AUGGCAACACAGGCGUACGUUACGGAAUUACAGGCAGCUCAGCAACAGUCACAACAGCAACAGGCGCAGCAACAGCCGGCGACGACGGCGACAACAGCGGCACCAGCAGCAGCCCAGCAACAGUAUGUAGCGGAAUUGCAAAGCCCGCAGCAACCAGCCACUCAGAAACAGUAUGUCUCGGAAAUCCAGGCCCCGCAGCCACAGGCUCAGGCCACAGGCCAACAAACUCCAGCACCAGCCCCGCAGCAGUAUAUCAUAGUCACAGUGUCCGAAGGUGCCAUGAGGCCCAGUGACUCCGUCUCCGAGUCCAGCCCGGGCUCAACGGCCACACAGUCUGGGGUGCCGACACAGGUGGUGCAGCAAGUCCAGGCCACGCAGCAGAGGCUGUUGGUUCAAGCCAGCGUGCAGGCUAAGCCACCGUCGGUAUCCCCCCUCCAGCUAACAGGUGUGCAAGUGCCCCAGCAGCGGCUGGUGGUGCCAAGUACUUCCCAGGCUAGCAAAGGAAGCCAAGUCUCGUUGGCUGUACACAGUGUUCAGCAGCAGGUCCAUUCUCCACCUGAGCACUCCCCUGUCCAGAGCAACAACUCCACUGCCAAACCAGGACAAGUGCAGCAGCUUCAGGUGCAUGGAGUCCAGCAAGUGCCCGUCUCACAAGAGCGCUCGGUCGUGCAGACCACCCCCCAGACCCCGAAAGCGGGCACAGUGCAACAGCUGACAGUGCAAGGACUCCAGCAGGUUCACGUCACUCAAGAGGUGCAGCAGCUGCAGCAGGUGCCCGUCCAGCAUGUCUAUCCCAACCAGGUGCAGUAUGUGGAAGGGGGCGACGCCAGUUACACAGCGAGCACCAUACGUUCCAGCACUUACCCAUACACAGAGACCCCUCUCUAUACGCAGAACACGGGAGCUAGUUAUUAUGAAUCGCAAGCCACCCCGGCGCAGGUCACCACUCCUGCAACCUCCCAGACCGUGGCCAGCACUGGAUCCGUCCCUAUGUACGUCUCUGGAGGGCAGAUCAUAGCCAAUCCGAGCGGCGGAGGCGGUGGCGGAGGAGGAGGAGGAGGCGGCGGCGGAGGAACAGGAACCUACGUGAUUCAGGGAGGAUACAUGUUAGGAAGCUCCAGUCAGUCUUACUCCCACACCACACGUGCCUCUCCAGCAACUGUUCAGUGGCUGCUGGAGAACUACGAGACGGCCGAGGGUGUGAGCCUGCCGCGCAGCACCCUCUACUGCCAUUACCUGCUGCACUGCCAGGAGCAGAAACUGGAGCCAGUAAACGCAGCGUCUUUCGGCAAACUGAUCCGAUCUGUGUUCAUGGGACUCCGCACCCGCAGGCUUGGCACACGAGGGAACUCCAAGUACCACUACUACGGCCUCCGCAUCAAAGCCAACUCACCACUGCUACGCCUGAUGGAGGAUCAGCAGCACCUGGCCAUGAGGCAGCAGCCCUUCUCCCAGAAGCAAAGACUCAAGCCCAUUCAGAAGAUGGAGGGGAUGACCAACGGGGCGGCGGUGGGCCAGCAGCCGGGGUCCGGGCUGUCGGACAUCAGUGCUCAAGUGCAGCAGUAUCAGCAGUUCCUGGAUGCGUCACGGACUCUCUCCGAGUUCUCUGAGAUAGACCUACAAGGGAAACCUCUGCCCGACGGCAUUGGGGCAGAGGAUGUGAAGGCCUUCCAGCUGCUCUAUCGAGAGCAUUGUGAGGCCAUCGUGGACGUGAUGAUAAACCUGCAGUUCACUCUGGUGGAGACCUUAUGGAAGACCUUCUGGAGGUACAACUUGAAUCAGCCCAGUGAAGCCACCCCCAUAGCAGUUCACGAUGAAGCAGAGAAGCGUCUCCCAAAGAACUGCCUGGUGAUACUGUCCAAAUACGAACCUGUCCUGAAAUGGACAAAGGACUGUGACAACAUGCUGUACCAGGGGCUGGUGGAGAUCCUCAUCCCCGACGUUCUCCGGCCCAUUCCCAGUGCCUUGACGCAAGCGAUCCGAAAUUUCGCAAAGAGUUUGGAAAGCUGGUUAACCAACGCAAUGAUGAAUAUUCCUGAAGAGAUGGUCCGAGUGAAGGUGGCAGCAGCAAGUGCCUUUGCCCAGACUCUGCGUCGAUACACCUCCCUGAACCACCUCGCCCAGGCCGCCCGGGCCGUAUUACAGAAUACGGCCCAGAUCAACCAGAUGCUGAGCGACCUCAAUCGGGUGGACUUUGCAAACGUCCAGGAGCAGGCCUCGUGGGUGUGCCGUUGUGAGGACCGCGUGGUGCAGCGCCUGGAGCAGGAUUUCAAGCUGACCCUGCAGCAGCAGAAUUCCCUGGAGCAGUGGGCAGUGUGGCUGGACGGGGUGGUCACCCAGGUCCUCAAGCCCCACCAGGGCAGCUCCAGCUUCCCCAAGGCUGCCAAGCUUUUCCUCCUCAAGUGGUCCUUCUACAGCUCCAUGGUAAUCCGGGAUCUGACCCUGAGGAGCGCUGCCAGCUUUGGCUCCUUCCAUCUCAUCCGGCUCCUCUAUGACGAGUACAUGUACUACCUGAUAGAGCACCGAGUGGCCCAGGCCAAGGGAGAGACCCCCAUCGCUGUCAUGGGAGAGUUUGCUAACCUGACGAGCUCCUUGAAUUCGCUGGACCCAGACAAAGACGAGGAGGAGGAGGAAGAGGAGGAGAGCGACGACGAGAUGCAGCAGGAGAUUUCCCUCAACUCCAAUGACUCCACCAGCCUGACAGCCGAGCCCCUGGAACCCCCCUCCAAGCUCUCACGGACGGACUCCAGGGGGAUCUUUGUGCAAGCCCUGCCUUCCAGCUAGAGGCCAGAGAGACGCCUGCGUGGGCCUGGAGUCAGAACCACCCAGCCAGAGCCGAGUCCUGUGUCCCAGUUCCUCCCGGCUGCUGCCUAGCGAUAAAGAUGAGCUAUUUCUUGUCUCCAAGUGGUAUGCAAAGCGCUUUCAUUUCCAACCCCUGCCCCCAGCUGAGCUCCGGGCUAGGCCCCGCUCCCUGUCACAGGUGCUUUGUGGGCUGCAGAAGGCUUGUGCAGUGAGGGCACCCAUUAGGAGGGAGGCAAAGUAAGAUGCCAUUUAACACCACUUCCACCCCUUGCCCCUGCUCUGACCCCACAGGCCGGUUGGCUCCUGCAGGGCUGCUCUCCUGCCAUGUGGGGCAGCAGCUCCCUCCCCAGCCAGGCACACGGCUGCUAGGCUCCAGCUUCGCUGCUUUCCCAGAUCUGGCAGAGAGCAUCCUGGAACUUCUUAACCCAUCCAGCCGCAGGCGCCCCUCACCUGCCAGCCCCUAUUAGCUGUCAGAGCCGCGUUCCAGCGGGACAGUUCACUUGGACUCUCACCCAGGCAGUGAUUGGACCAGCCCCCCUGUCUGCAUGGGCCCAGGCUGUCCGCGCGGGCCAGUCCCUUUUGAACCAUCCCCGUGGGAAGGCACCAAGCCAAGCACAGAGUCCUCCCGCCAGCAAACCCCUUGCACAGUCAGUCUGGCUCCCAACCGGUCCAGUCACAGCUUCCCCCGGCCAGGGAAAAUAGGGAAAGCCAGUGUCAGUGGACGGGGUGCGGCUAGGUAUGGCUCAGCGAGAGCAGGGGUAGCGUCCUUUAAAGGCUUUUCCCGGGCCCAGCAGGGACGAGAGCUGCACAAUCAAAAGGACGUGUCCCCUCGUUUUUUAGUGGCUAAGGGACUAGUGCAGGGGAGCCCCCAGCAGGGCUUGUGGGGCUGGCCAUGCUAGCCCCUGGCUGACAGCAGAGGUCAUUUAUAAAUGACUCCCAUUGGCAAAGGCAGCGUGGCCAGCUCUGUGUCAUCAGAGCGCUCAGCUCCAGCUCCAGGGCCCAGCCCCUUUGCUACCCGCACUGCUCGGCGCUGCCCUCUCUCACCCGUCGGCCUGCCUGCACGGGGCUGAAAUCAGGAGUCCGGGUCAGCUCCAGCCUGCUCUUGUGGCCUCAGGGGUCGCUCGCCAUACAGGGGACGUGCAGCAGAACCCACGUGCCUUAGGGAACAUGCAUUUGUUGUGCCAUUCGCAUCAGGUGCCGAAGCAUCCUCAGGCUGCCGGAGAAGCCCCGGCCAGGAGGCUCCUUAGAGAACAGGCUGGGGCAGGGGAGAUGGACGGGGGAUAAGCGGAUAUUUCUCCUCUCGGUCGCAGUGGGAGAUUACAUCACAGAACUGGUGGAACUGGCAAAGCCAUGGCCAGAAGACCAGCGGGCCCCUUAGUGGGCCCCAACCUGGCUGAGGUGGGCGAGAGCAUGAGCCAUGGCAAAGCUGCCCUGGCACUGAUCAUGUCGGGGAUCACUGAGUCUGUCACUGCCUCCUGGGGAGUUGGCUCUGGGGGGUUACAUUACCCCCCCCCCAUCUGCACAAUCCCUCCCAGCUUCGUUUUCCUCUCCGCUAAACAGUUUGGUACAGCUUGGAAUCUCCUUCCCCCCUCCCACACAUCACUCUGCUGGUUGGUCCUGCGGGUUCCAGAAACUGGGGGGGUGGUGGGGGGGAACAGUGUCCUUUCCCCCCGGCCUAUUUCAUUCCUGGUCUUGGAUCUCUUCUCUCUCUUGUGUAUUUUCUCCCCUCUUGGGAUCUCAGCCCUCAACAUUCCCAUCCUUACACAGAAGCUGUUCUCCCAGCAUCCCUGCUUAAAUCCUGCCUGAUCGACCAGUGCGCUCUGGCUGCUCGUGCUAACGGGUGUCCAAGAUCCAGUGUCUUUGCAACCAGCAGCCCCGUCUGGGGCUCCUGCUCUUUGUCUUCCCAGCCGGCAGGCAGGACCUGGAGGAAUACGAGUCUCCCGAGAGCAGAGCUGUUUCACGGGCAGUUCUUCACUCACAGCACCGCUGGCUACUUGCGAUGGUUACGCUGCAGCUUUGUCUGCAGUGUAGCCCUAGAGCUUGUGCCCUGCCUGCUCUCUGCCCACGGUCCUAGCUCUUCAUCCCACGAAGCGGCCACGAGACCUGGAGACCUUCUCCCCCAGGAAUCCCCUGGCAAGUCCAGCUGCUGCCAAAGCUCCAGCUCUCCCUCCGGGCCUGCAUGUGACAGGCAGGGCCGCACGAUGGCUGGCUCCAGGGAGUGGCUGCUCGGCCACAUGGCACGCAGCCUCCUGGCUCUGCCCUGUAUGCCAGUCCGUGUUGUGGGCCGUGUUGCCCCUGCUGCUAGUGUUCUUUGCACCUGGCACCGCCUUACCACCUGCAUCCCUGCUUGGCGCUGCUGGGCUGGCAGCUGGUGCAUCGCAGCUCCGUACACUUGGCCAGUGUACUUGGUUAUACUGGGAGCCUCUUACAUACUGGGGGCUUCUUAGCCUCCUCCACAGCACCCCCUUGCGCACCGUCCUGGAUGGACGCUCUGAUCUUCAGGCAGCUGGCCCGGCCCAGCCUUUCCUAUUCCCCUUUCUGCUGCGGCCCGCGAAGUCCCAGGGACAGACCUAGGAUACCAGGCCAAGCAAACUGCUCCCAGUUUGGGGCAGCCUACCGUGCUGACAGCAAGCCACAGGGGCAGCUGGAGCAUCGAUCUCCACUCUGGCUGUAGGAUAAGGCGCUCAGGCAGGAGCUGGGCUGUAAAGGGAGGGGUUCUGAGGAGCAGCAUUGCAGGACCUGGGGGCAGUUUAAAAUGCCUGAAUCCCCACACUGGGGGCUUCCUGGCAAUCGUAUUCAUCCCCAGAUCUUGACCUACCCCCUGAAAUCUCCCCCCAAGAUCGUAAGGUGACGUCUGACCUCGUCUCCAUAGAGAAGACUCAGGUGGCUGGAGGGUCUGAAUAAGAGACUGGUCCCUGCCCUUGAGACAUACUGUGGGUUCAGAGUUCAUCAGGCAGACAGCUGGCUGGCUCUGCCGCUCUCUGGCAUUUCUGAAUCAGCCAGGGCCAUGGAUUCCCACAGAUCCAGCCCCCGUGGGCAGGGCUCAUCCUGGCAGCCUGUCAGGUUCACAGGAGCUGCAGGGAGAGCGAGCGUCUCAAGCAGCAGGCGCACCAGUGGGCCCCUGGUGCUCCUCUUGUUCAUUCCCACAUGGGGUAAGAAAUUGGGUCUCUGCUAACCUCCCUCAAGGGCAGGGCAUUUCUACUUGGAGGUCCAGGAGAGCUGUGGAAGGCUGGGGCCUCCUGCAGUGACCCACAGCCCCUGGCAGGGACCCCCCCCGCCAGCCACCACCCCAGCAAUGCCGGGGCAGACAGGGCAAAGAGGGGGAGUGAAUCCGGACAAGGUAUCAGCAAGGUCUCAGCCGGUUAGGGUGGAGUGAGGCUAUGGCAGGGGGCAGCGCCCCAGCAAUUGGCUGGCCCGGGAUGGUGGGUGGGGAAGCAGCAUUUUCCCCUUGGCAGUUCUCCCGGGGGUGGGGGGGCUUCAGCAGCCUGGGGAGGCUUCGCUAUGUCCCUUGCUUUCCCCCAGCCAGUCAGAGCGAGGGGCCGUGUUCUGGCUGGGGUUUUGGGGAUUGGAAUAAGGGAAGUUUCCCUCCACCCCCACCCUCCGCUCUUCUCACCCUGCUCCCUCAUGGCUCAUGAGGAGUCCAACCCCCCAAGCCAUCUCCUGUGAGUGCACAGAGCAGAGCGCCCCCUGCUGUCCCAUCUGCACAGCUCGGCGCACAGACCUUGCCUAGUUAGCUAGCUGAACGCAGCCAGCUUUGAAUUUCCCUGGACUCCGAUUGCAGCCGGUUCUCUGCCCUUUUCCAGGUACCUGGCUUUGUGUUCCCCUGUGUUGCUGUUUUAAUUGGCAUGGCAAGGCAGGAUGGCUCCUUUUGCCCGGGUAACGGGAACCCACUCAUUGUCCAAGUGCAAUUCCAGCUGGGUGCUGCACUGCUUUCGACAAGGGCUCUUCCAUAGGAGAGUCUCCGCCUCCAAAGGACCUGCACCGGGGCCCAAGCAGACACAGCGCCCAGCACCUUCCCCGCCUGCAGGAGCUGCUGGCUACUGAGCAUGCUCAGUGUCUCCAAGGCGGGCCCUACCCAGGUGCCAAAUCUCCCCCCUUUGCAGAAUAGUGUUGAAACCCCCACAGGUGAUUUGCUGAGAACUGACCCAGGCUGUAGCUCCCAGUCCUGCAGGGCUAGGGCAGGGGACACAGCGAGGCCCAUUCACUCCCCCUAGUGGAGAGAAUGAGGAUAACGGCGCUCAACACCCCUUCUUCUGGCCACCAGCCCAGCCGCACUUAGAUCCCAGCCACUUUCCAUGGUGCCAGGCCACUGCCGGCGCGUCUCACAGCAAAGGGUCCUUGCCGCUUGUCUGGGUCUUCUACAGCUUCCCCCUCAGCUAGCAAAAUGUCCCCACGUUUCCCACUGCAAACCCCGCGAGAGGGGACUCGCCCCUCCCACUGUGAAAACGGCUAACGUCAACACAGAGUUCUCAUGCCCACCUGGGACGCUGACUGCCACCUGCCAGAGCUCAGAGCCACUGCGAGCUUUAGACCAGCCCGGGGCAAGCGAAGACGUAUUUCACACCCCCGCAGGGGCUAGAGCAUCAUAGCCACCGCUGGAGAAACAUCCACCAGCUCUGGCAGCCCUGGUCCAGCAGCUGGAAGGGAGGCAGCAGCCACCAAAAACGUCAAGAAAGAGGUAGUUUGACUUUUGUUUGCUUCCAGCCAAAGCGUUAGGACAAUACGAGGGCAGCUGUGCCCCACCCCCUCCGCAGUUUAGUUCCCACCUGGCUUUGGCUUUAGGAACAUUCAAGUCCUGUCCAGUCACGUUGCAAUUCAGACUUGUGGCCUGAGCCCUCUGCUAAAAGCUACCUGCCCUCCCCCUCCUGCGCUGCACCCCCACAGAGCAGGACGGCCAGAGACACGAUCUUGCCUUUCUUUUGAGUUGCUGCCUUAUAAAAAUACCCUCUCCCACAGGUAGCUUCUGGGCUGGCUGGGAGACAAUUGAGCCCAAGGUCAGUCAGUGGGCAGGUCUGUGAUCUUGCUUAUCCCCUGGCUUUGCUCUGAGAGAACAGAUCAAAAUUCUCCUUGGCAUCCCUCCUCUACGCUAGUAACCAAGAGCCCAUCAGUCAGUCAGUCUCGGCUACUCUCCAGAAACCAAGCUCUACUCUACCGGGUUGUAAUUGAAUAUUAGAUAUUCUAGUUUUAAAGAGGAAAAGAAAUCUGUGCUUUUGUAUGUAAUGACUAAUCCUUACUCUAUAAACCACUUAAAUAUUGUGAGAUUGGUGAAGCUAUAAAUUACUUGAUAUUUUUGGGUUUUUUCCAACCAUCAUGGCCUUAUUUGUUCACUUUUUCCAGUGGUUUAAACCUGUGAGAUAGAUGUUUAUUGCAAAAAUCUACAUAUUGUAUAAAAUAUAUAUUUUGUGUCAAUCUUCUGUGCAGCAGCCGCAGCCGUGGGCUGCGCUGCAGCCUUCACGUGGAGUGUGAAGAGCUUUUGUAGGUGUCCCGGCCCAGGAGAUGGGCAGUGCCUGUGAUCAGAUGAUGUAGACGUGUGUAGUCUAGAGUGCAAACGCUGUUUUCUACCUUUUGUAGUUCUUUCUUAAGAGAAAUAAAUUCAGCCGUGUUCUUUG